AUGAACAGGCAGCCACAGCAACUCUUGCAGCAGCAGCUCUUACAGCCAGAUUGGCAGAAGGGAUGCUCAGCAGCAACAACAGUUACACAGAGCCACUCAAAUCCAUUGCUGCCCUCAGGGAACAUGCCUGCCUCAAACUAUGGUCAGCUGGCUGCUUCUACUUCAGGAGUGGGAACCAUGCCAGAUCCAUCAGUCUUGUCAUCUUUCCUGGGGAGUGUGAGAGGAAGGCUUCAUUUGGAUGGGUACAGUGCAAACCUACAGCAGUUUGCCAGUUUGCCCUCUCAGUUUCAGCGCCUGCAAUAUCUGCCUCAGAGCCAGAGUUCAAGUCAAGAGUGUGGCUUGACUCUACACUCAGCAGCCACCCAAUGGCAGUUAUUUACUUCAGCAGUCACCCCUUGGGAGUCAUAUGGCUCAGCAGCCACCCAGUGGAAGCCACAUCUCUCUGCAGACACCCACCGGAAGACAUGUGCCUCCCCAGCUUCAUAA